AUGUCGAUUCCUCUUCGUGAACUUGGAAAAACCGGAGUAAUGGUGCCUGUCAUUGGGCUUGGAUGCAUGGGAAUGAGCGAAUUCUAUGGUGCUAGUGAUGAAAUGGAGAAUAUUAACGUAUUACAUCGUUCAAUUGAACUAAAGUGUAAUUUAUGGGAUACUGCAGAUAUCUACGGCAUUGGCCGCAAUGAAAUGCUUCUUUCAAAAGUUCUUAAAGACUAUCGUCAUGAGGUAUUCCUUUGUACAAAAUUUGGUAUUACCCGUUCUUCAAGCGGAGAAUUUUUAGGAUACAAAGGUGCUCCAGAAUAUGUUCAUGAAGCUUGUAAUAAGAGUUUAAACCGAUUGGGAGUAGAUUAUAUCGACCUUUAUUAUCAACAUCGAGUUGAUAAUAAUACGCCAAUCGAAGAUACUGUUAAAGCUAUGGCGGAACUUAUUAAUGAGGGUAAAGUUAAAUAUCUUGGUCUUUCUGAAUGUUCUGCUAGUGACCUUCAACGCGCUCAUAAAGUGCAUCCAAUUUCGGCUCUUCAGGUUGAAUACAGUCCAUGGGCUCUUGAUAUCGAAACCAAUGGAAUCAAGGAGACAUGUGAAAAGCUUGGUAUUACGAUUGUCGCAUAUGGCCCACUAGGCCGUGGGUUCUUAACUGGAAGAUAUAAAUCAAAUGCCGAUUUUGAAGAAAACGAUUCACGCAAAAAUCACCCUCGUUUUGUGGAUGAAAAUUUUGACAAAAAUCUAGAACUUGUUCAUAAAUUAAAUGCUCUAGCAAAGAAGAAAGGCACUACUAAUAGUCAACUUUGUUUAGCUUGGGUUUUAGCACAGGGAGACAAUAUUAUUGCAAUUCCAGGAACAAAAAAGAAUAAAUAUUUGGAAGAAAAUAUCAAAGCAGCGAAUGUUCGAUUUUCUCCUGAAGAAUUGGCUGAAAUUCGUGAAGCUAUCAAUUCUGUUGAAAUUUUUGGACAUAGAAGAAAGAAAUAA